UUCAGUCUUAAUAACGAGCUCUUAGUCCGUCGGGCAGCACUGCUGUGCAGAACGCAAUAUGAAACAUUCGUUGCAGUACAGUGACUCGAGUUUCUGCCGGGGGUUCACCGGAAAUUCCCUCUAGAUCAAUUUUUUGUAAUCUCGACCAGUAUCUCUUAUUAAACAUCCCAACUGGUGUGCGCUAAGCAUUCUGUUCUCCAUACAAAUAUCAAAGAUGUACGACAAAGUCGACCCCAAGUCGCAGGGAUGGAAGUCCUAUAACCAGUCCGACUAUGAUUCGGGCAGUGAAUCACACCCUUUAGUGUCAUCCGACGCCAGCCAAACAAGCCGCAGAAGUUUUGGUACCACAACGACAUUUAUCUUCCCUGAUUCAGAGACCAGUGACUUCGAGUCUACCCCAGUGAAGCCAGUGACGUCAGCAGCGCCUGCUCCACGCCCGCGACCUGCAGAGCUGUACAACUCUUCCAGGAGACCAUUCACGUACCAUGCCAACAACUUCCGGAAGGGCGACACCAGUUGGGAGAAACAAAUGAGUACCUCAAUGACUAGCAAUCGACUUCAAUACUACAGUAAACUUCAGACUUACGCUUCAGAUGGCUUGACUCUGGUGAUUCCGGAUCACGUGCUACCCUUCACCUACUUUGUACCCUACAUUUCUAGGGAGGAGCCGAGAGGGGACGGGAAACAGAGCAGUCUCGUCACCAUCUUUGCUGUGUGGAACACCAUCAUGGGGUCCUCCCUGCUGACAAUGCCGUGGGGAAUGCAGAAUGCUGGCCUGUUGAUGGGUGUCAUUACUAUCGUUCUAAUGGGGGGGCUAUGUCUCUACACAACACACAAGAUACUUCAGGUCAACACACGACAUGGAGAAACAAAUUCUGAUGGGGAGGUAGCAGAGCUGGCAACACUGCUGCUAGGUCGAUGGGCAGGCUACAUUGCUAAGAUGUUCUCAUUGCUGGUGCUGCUUGGAGCUGUGAUAGUGUACUGGGUGCUUAUGAGCAACUUCCUAUACCAUUCUGUUGACUACUUAUAUGAGACUGCCACACAUACAACAUCGAGUCAAGACAACAGUUCAUCAGCAUUACCUUCUGUUUUAUGUCCGCAAGAUGAGAAUGGUGGUGACACACUCAACGCAACAUCACUUUUGGAGAUGCCAGUGCCACUAUACAACAAAGUGUGGGACAUUACAACGACUGUCCCAAUAUUCCUCAUCCUCAUCAUUGGCCCACUCAUCAACUUCAGAAGUGUCACCUUCUUCACCAAGUUCAACUCUCUCGGUACCCUCUCUGUAAUGUAUAUACUGCUCUUUGUGAUUGUCAAGUCUGCAAGCUUUGGAAUCAAUGUGAACUUCACCAAUGUGACAAAUAUCCACUUCACACCACUGUUUCGAAUAACAUUUCCAGCCUUAUCAGGCAUGGCAGCCCUCUCCUUCUUCAUCCACAACAUCAUAAUCACCAUCAUGAGAAACAACAGACAUCAGGAAAAUAAUACUCGUGAUCUGUCCAUAGCAUAUCUGCUAGUAACUCUGACCUAUGCUUUCAUUGGGUUAGUGUUCUACAUCUGUUUUCCUCUUCAAAAGAUUUGCAUUUCAGAUAACCUGCUCGAUAACUUCCAGAACUGGGAUCCCAUGACAGCCAUUGCUCGGGUGUUCCUGUUCUUCCAGCUGAUGACAGUCUACCCGCUCAUCGCUUUCAUGCUGCGCUCACAGUUCUUCAUGGCUGUUGCAAGAAAUGUAUACCCUGGUCUGCCUCAUGUCCUGGGCUUUAACACUGUUGUUGUCACAGUGUGCAUUCUCUUUGCUGUCUUUCUACCCAGUAUUGGCACCAUUAUUAGGUACACAGGUGCAUUAUGUGGGCUGCUAUAUAUAUUCACCCUGCCCAUCUUGCUUCAUCUUGCGUCCAAACGUGCAUGUGGCAAAACUUCAGUGGUAUCUACUGUUUUACACCUCACCAUCCCAGUAAUAGGUGCAAUAAAUCUUCUCGCACAGUUUUAUGUAUGAUGGGAGUGCAAUGCUCUGUUGAAACAGAAAAGUAUCUCCCAUGUAAACAAAAGCAAUAUUACUGAUGUCUCGAUGUAGAUUCAGCUCCUGAUACAUGUCUGUCCAUAGGGAUGUAUACUGUCACCUUGGGACAACAUCAGUCACCUCUUUUUGAUAACAAAAUAAAGCACAUUGUGCUAGAAUGGUGCAAUGAUGUGAUGCAAUCCAACAAGAACCGAAUUAAACUAAUAACAGCUCUAAUUUUUUUAUAAACAAAGCUGAAGACAUUUUUAUUGACAAUGAAUCAGCAUUUUAAAGCAAGUGUCACAUAACUUUGAUCAAGGCCAAGAGUAACCUUGAAAGCGCAGAAGAAAAAUUUCAGACAAGGGGGUGGGUUCGAGGGUGUGAGAAGUGACAGGCGGCCAGUUGUACAAACAACUGGAGGUUUUACUGUAAUAAGAUCUGUUUAGUAACUGACCUCUUAGCAGAAUUCACUUUGAUCCCUAAUAAUUUGAUCUAUAUAUGAAAUUAACUUUGCCAAAAGAAGGUUGGAUAACAUUUAUACGAACCCUGAGAUCUGAGGGGGAGCACGCAGUAACGUAGCUGGUCGAGGGUUUCAGUCCUGAUGAGUUGAAUUUUUUUUAACCUAAUCCUUCCAGCGGCACUAUGGCCCUGGGGUUGACUCAGCCUCUAACAGAAAUGAGUAC